CGCUCCCCCCGACGCCAGAAGAAGUCGCAAUAGACGCGGCCGCCAUACUACAGUACAUAUACAGUAAUAGACGCGCAGAGAACCUGCGAGAAGUUGUUCGGGAGUCGUGGACGAUUCUGACCGACCGCCCCUCAUUUCACAUCGCACAUUACAUAUUCAUUUUUGCAUACCCGUACCAUAGGAUACAGCAGUUACGUAGCUGAUCACACUCCCUUCUCCGACUGUAUAAAAGACAUCCCAUUCCUGUCCAGUCCCCAUCCACUUUUUUUCUUAUCCAUACACACAAUACAUACAUCCAUCUACACUCUCGCUUAGCUCGAUCUUUAUCUCUUCGAUACCUACUGUAGCCAGUGGUAUACCGCUUCCGGCGAUUAUCAUCACAUCGCAGAUCAAUAUCGAAUUCGUCGUCAGAACAAGAGACCAACAGAGAAACUUCUCUUCUUUCAAACCAACUUGCACAGAAAUGUUCGCAUUCUGUCCAAGCUUCCCGUCGGCUUCGCCCUACCACCACCGCUCGUUCGCCCCGGCCCCUAGCUCCUACUAUGGUCGCCCAGCUCACAACCCAUCCUGCUACCACCACUCGCGCCGUUCUCCAAUGCCUGCCGCCGAUACCCUCUACUUCCACAAGCCGACCGCCCUCGAUUCCAUCUACGACUACGCCGCCCCCGCCCCUUCCUCCGAUGACGAGGAUGACUAUUACCCCCGCAACAUCACCCACUCCCGCGCCGCACUAUCCCGCGAAUAUGAGCGUCAAAUGCAAGAAGAAGCAGCCGCGCGUCGUCGCCGUCUCCUGAUUGAGCAGGAACUCGCCCGCGAACAACAACUUCAACAGCUUCAGCAGCAACAACGUCUGCAGUAUCGCCGCGCUGCCGCCGAGGAAGAACGUCGCCGUCGCGAGCGCGAAUGGGACGCUGAGAUGUACCGUCGCCAACGCGAAGCUGACCGCGAGCGCGACAUCGUCAGCGCCAUGCUCGAGCGCAGGCGUAGGGAGGAGGAAGAGGAAGAACUAUUACGCGAGACGCAGCGCAGGGAGUACCUGAUGAAGCGCCAGAGGGAAAUGGAGAUGCAGAGGGAGCGCGCCAGGCAGUUGGCCAUUCAGCAGCGUGAGUUGGAGGAGGAGGAGGAACAACAGGAGAAGGCGAGGAGAUGGGCCAAGGAGAUGGAAAAGAGGGAAAGGAUGCAAGAAGAACGCAGUGCAAAGGAGCUUGUGAGGCAGCUCUUGAGGGCCCAGUUCGGCGGCCGCCAGGAGCUUGAGGAACAGCAGAAGAGUGAUGCGAACAUGAAACCUUCGACCGCCGCCCCUACUCAAAACACCGCUCCUACGCAACAACAAUCCAAGUCGAAUAGGAUCGAGAUCCCCAUCUCCUUCUUCUCCGGCUCUUCCUCCGUUCCCUCUUCGACAUCCGCAUCCGCAUCCGCACCCAAGAAGCAAGAGCAGCCCGCUACCACCGCCACUCCUUCGGCCUCAACCACCACCCCACCCCACUCACCCCGCAGCAACCCAACCCCACCCUCCGCCCCAACAACCACCCCCGAGCGCCUCACUGCCAUCUCUCAAAUCUCCACCGAUCUCGCCAACCUCUCUACCUCACUCCUCCCCGCCGCCCGCACCCACACUAUCACCCUCGACCCGACCACCGGCGUUUUCCACCCGCAACACAACAAGCCCGUCGUGGCGUACGAGGAAGCGCUCUUGAAGCUACUCGUGCGUGCUGAUGCGGUGCAGAGCGAGGGCGUUGUGGAGGUCAGGGAGGCUAGGAAGGGGGUUGUGGAACGUGUGAAUGCGUGUUUGGAGGAGGUGGAUGGGUGGAAGAAGAAGGCGAGGAGGGAGUGGGAGAGCAAGAAUGGAACUGAAAAGGAGAAGGAUGUAACGCAGGAUAUGGACGUUGAUGUGCCUCAGGAGGCCGCUGAGGAGAAGGAUACGGAUGCUAUGGAGAUCUCUUCCGAGGCUGCGGCUGUCGUGACAUCGGUUAACGAAGCCAAUUCGGAGCCCACAGAACCUAUCUCUUCGUCGUCGUCGUCGCAGCCAUCUCCGCAAUCGACCGACGCUAUCGUCACCGAUGUUUAUCCCGCAACUACGGGCAACGAAACCGAAGAACAGAGACAAGACGCCACCCCGCAACUCGCCGCAAUCGCCGAAGACAUUCUCAUCACCGCAGAAACCACAACCGGAACACCCGUCGACCUCCCUCUCGCGCUCACCCUCCCACCUACCCUCUCUUCCUCCACCGACGAGCCGAGCACUGCAUCGGUCCCGACCGAAGAGGAGUCGGUGACACUCAUCAACGAGCACGAGACAAAUGUAGGCGACGUGACCGAAUCGACGGCGCCUGAGCACCAUGAGGAUGCUGCGGAGACCCUAGAUUCGGCUGAUACUGCGAAAAGCAAUGAUGCGGUUGACGUAUCAAUACCGUCGACUUCCACCGAAACACCCGAAGCGGCAGACCCAACCACAUCAACAACACAACAAGAAGAACAGCCAACCUACGCGGCCGUCGCCGCCACAAGUCCCGCCGCGAGCACCAAGUCAACCACCGGUAGUAACAACACCCACGACGACCUCGCCGGCUUUGUACUUGUUGGCGAUGAGGUGCCGAGGGCUGUGGCGCCUUUGCCCGCGUGAUACGAGUUGUGUGGGAGGGGGCAUAUAUAGGAUGAGCACGAGUAUUUUAGUAGUUGACCCUUAGUAUUUUUUGACCCUAUUGGGUGGCAUUGUACAUAUAAUGAUUCUGACAGAAAAUAAAUGACUUGAUUGGAAUGAAUUCUGUUGUUUUGAGUUCUGUGAAUGUUUGAGCACUUGGAUGCCGUGUGCGGACUCGCAAGCAAUA